GUUUGGAGACAGUGCGUCCUGCGUCCUGCGCACCGGAGACACCCACAGUCCUGCAGACAUGGCACCGCUCCUGCAGCUGCUCGCCGCCUUCCUGGCAUCGGCUCUCCUACCUGCACACACCUCGGCCCACCUCAAUGACACUAUCUACAUGGUGACUGUGAGCUCCCAGGUGACGGCGGGGAAGCGGGAGCCGCUGUGCGUCCAGAUCCAGGAGCCGACGGAGGCGGUGCGCCUCGUCCUGAGCCUGGAGCUGAACUCUAAGAAGAGCGUCUUGCUGGAGGAGUCGGUCCAGCAGGACUUCUACCGCUGCCUCGACUUCCAGAUUCCUACAGUGAGCAAAAACACUGUUGCCACCAUCCAGAUCCACAUCCAGGGGCAGAGCGACACCCUGAGCCACAAGACCCAGGUCCUGAUCGUCCCCCCCGCCUUCAUCCACGUGGUCCAGACGGACAAACCCAUCUACAAGCCGGGGCAGACGGUGAAGUUCCGGAUCGUCUCCAUGGACACGGCCUUCGUCCCGGUGUCUCGAGUGUACCAAGAUGUAGCGUUGAAGGAUCCCAAUGCCAAUCGCAUUGCCCAGUGGCUGGACAUAGCCAUCGAUGGUGGCAUCCUGGACCUGUCCUAUCCCUUGAUUCCUGAGGCGGUCCAAGGAAGCUACCACAUCACUGCCAUCACCGACAAAGGAGAGGAAAUAUUCCACAGUUUCGAAAUCAAGGAAUACGUUUUGCCAAAGUAUGAAGUGAAGGUCCAGCUGCCCAAUGUGAUCAGCAUCCUGGAUGAAGAGGCAACGCUGAGGAUUUGUGGAAAAUACACCUACGGGAAGCCGGUGAUCGGCUCGGUCAAAGCAGAGCUUUGUCGAGCUGGCAUGCCUUUCUACUGGUACAGACAUUCUCCACGCGACAUCUGCAGGACGUACGAACUCCAGACGGAUAAAAGCGGCUGCGUCUCGCAGACUGUCAACUUGACCGCGUUCGCUCUCGACAACCCCAACUUUUCAGACGCUUUCACAGUGGAUGCCGAGCUGGAGGAGUACGGCACGGGGGUUGUUCUGGAAGGCAGCGGGAGAAGCACCUUCACCAGUGAAGUCCGAACCGUCACCUUUGAAGACACGCCUGAAUCGUACAAGUCCGGCAUUCCCUACGAGGGAAAGGUCAAAGUCGUCGGUCCAGAUAACAAGCCCGUGGCUCAGGAGCCUGUCUACAUGCAAGUAGGUGAAAAGAAGCUGACGCUCAUCACGGACUCCAAAGGCCUGGCUCCGUUCUCUCUGGACACCGCCGCCUGGAAGAACUCGGUGGCUCUGAGAGCAUCAUCUCGAGAAGGGACCGAGGAUUAUGAGUACGUGCCCAAUUUACAAAGGCCACAAUACAGAGCGGCGCACCGGAACGUCGAGCCCUUCUACUCCAGGAGCAGCAGCUUUUUGAAGCUGAAGCAAAUCAGCCACAGGUUCCCCUGUGACACAGAUGCAGCAGUGCAAGCUCAGUACAUCAUCCAGGGAAACGAGCUGAAAGCAGGACAGGAAGUCCUCCACUUCUUCUACCUGGUGCUGUCAAAAGGCGUAAUUGUACAACAUGGCCGCAUCCCGGUGGCUGUUAAAGCAGGAAAUGUCAGCCAAGGAGAGUUUAGCGUUCCCCUCACUCAGCUGACCAGCCUGGCUCCAGUUGCCCAGGUGGCGGUCUACACGCUGAUGCCUGGUGGCGAGGGCGUUGGCGACAGCCAGGACUUCCCCAUCCAGACCUGCUUCAACAACAAGGUUUCUCUGAAGUUCUCGUCUCUCCAGGAGCUCCCGGCGGAGAAGACCACCAUGAGCCUGCAGGCCCACCCGGGCUCGCUGUGCUCCGUCAGAGCCAUCGACCAGAGCGUGCUGCUGCUGAAGAAAGAGCAGGAACUCAGCGUGAGCUCGGUUUUCAGCCAGCUGCCCGUCCAGAAGCUGUCUGGAUACCCGUCUGCGGUGCAGGACUUUGAGCCCUACCCCUGCCUGCCCCUUCCGAUUCCCCUGCCUGGAUUAGGAGCCAUCAAUCCACCCAUCGGUCGAUUGAAUUACAUGUUAGGAUACACUGGACCCGUCAGUAGCAAGGUGGACGUCUACAGCAUCUUCCAGGAAAUUGGCGUCAAACUCAUGACCAACUCGGAUGUGAAAAAACCUUACGACUGCCAAGAAUACAUUGCUUAUUACGAUUCCGAAGCCCUUGUGCCUAUGGCCAACAUGAUGCCACAGGGCACCUUCGUUUUCCAGAUGAGUAAAGGCGAGGAGAAAAAGGAGACCGUCAGAACGUUCUUCCCGGAGACCUGGAUCUGGGACCUAGUUACUGUGGGAGACAGCGGCUCUGUGAGUCUGGAGAGAACCGUCCCGGACACCAUCACCAAGUGGGCCGCCGGGGCCUUCUGCGUCUCCCCGGUGGGCUUCGGCGUGGCCCCCAACACCGGACUCACCGUCUUCCAGCCGUUCUUCGUCAGCCUCACUUUGCCCUACUCCGUCGUCCGAGGGGAAGUGUUCACGCUCAGAGCCACCGUCUUCAAUUACCUCUCCAAGUGCAUCAUGGUGGCGGUGACCUUGGCCGACUCGGACCAGUACACCUUCAGGAACUGUGACGGCUGCCUCUAUCAGAUCUGUCUGUGUGCGGAGGAGAGCCGGACCUUCUCCUGGAUCGUCACCCCCACCGGUCUCGGUAAAGUGGAUGUGAAGGUGAGUGCUGAGGCCCUGAAGACCGACUCACUGUGUGGGAACGAGGUGGCCACGGUGCCCGAUGUGGGCCAGGUGGACACAGUGAUCCGGAACCUGCUGGUGGAGGCUGAGGGAACGCCGCAGAUGGUCAGUCACAACGCCCUCCUCUGCCCUGCAGAGGGUCCGGUGGAGAAGAAGGUGUCCCUGCUGUUGCCCGAGCUGUUUGUGGAGGGGUCGGCCAGAGCCAGCGUGUCAGUCGUGGGCGACCUGAUGGGCCGGGCCAUGCAGAACCUGGACAAGCUGCUGGCCAUGCCGUACGGCUGCGGCGAGCAGAACAUGGUGCUGUUCGCUCCCAACAUCUUCAUCCUCAACUACCUGAAGAGCACCGGUCAGCUGACCAAGCCCAUCCUGGACAAGGCCGUGCGCUUCCUGGAGAGCGGAUAUCAGAGGGAACUGACCUACAAGCACGACGACGGUUCGUACAGCGCUUUUGGGAAGAGCGACAAGUCUGGAAACACCUGGCUCACUGCCUUCGUGAUGAAGUCGUUCGGCGGAGCCACUCCGUUCAUCUUCGUGGAUCAGAAUCACGUUCAGAAGGCCAGGCAGUGGCUGUCCAGCCACCAGCGGCCGGACGGCUGCAUCCAGUCUGUGGGGAAACUCUUCCACAAUGAGAUGAAGGGCGGAGUGAGCGACGACGUUUCUCUGACGGCCUACAUCACCGCCGCCUUCCUGGAGCUGGACGGAAACGCCACGGAUCCCGUGGUGCAGAACUGCCUGAGCUGCCUGAAGGCCGCGGCGGCCGCCCAGAUGGACAACGUGUACACCACCGCCCUGCUGUCCUACACCUUCACUCUGGCCGGAGACGAGGAGAUGAGGAGCAAACUCGUCACGCUGCUGCACCACAAGUCCACCACUGACGCGUCGGGCGGUCGUCACUGGGAGCGAGCAGGAGCCUCCAAGAAGAAGCUGGAUUCCCUGGAGGUGGAGAUCACCUCCUACGUGCUGCUGGCUCUGCUCUCCGGACCCGCCGUCCCGGACUUUGGUCUGGAUUACUCCACCGGGAUCGUCCGCUGGCUCACCCAGCAGCAGAACCCGUACGGUGGCUUCUCCUCCACGCAGGACACGGUGGUGGCCCUCCAGGCCCUGGCCAAGUACGGCGCCGCCACCUACAGUCCGGAGGGCGCCACCACAGUGACCGUCACGUCUCUGGGCGGCCUGAACAAGGAGUUCACCGUCAGUCCCAGGAACCGGCUGCUGUACCAGGAGGAGAGGCUGAGCGACUUCCCCGGGGAGUACGCCAUCCGGGCCGAGGGCCAGAGCUGCGUCCUGGCUCAGAUCUCCGGCCACUACAACAUCCCCCCUCCUGCAGACUUCUCCGCCUUCAACAUCUCCGUCUUCACCGCCGCCCGCUGUAACGCCAGCAGACCGCAGCUCGGGAUCGUGGUGUCCGUCAGGUAUCAGGGGAGGAGAGAGGAGACCAACAUGGCCAUCAUCAACAUCAAGCUGCUGUCCGGAUACGUGCUGGACAAGAGCUCCCUCGCCACGCUGCAGAGCUACCGCACGGUGAAACGUGUGGAAAUAGAAGAAGGAUACAUCAACAUCUACGUCGACGGGCUGAAGAAGGACGAGACGUCCAGCUUCCCGCUGACCCUGGAGGAGGAUCAGCCCGUCAGGAACCUCAAACCUGCCGUGGUCAGAGUCUACGACUACUACCAGACAAGUGAUGAGGCCAUCACAGAGUACACCACCACCUGUGCAGAGAGCGACAGCGUGAACCAGCUGUAACACCUCUCCAAGAAGAAAAAGAAGCUUUUUAGAUGUUUAUUUCUUUCCUGGAUUUCCUUUUUUUUUUUUUUACUCUGGUUUUUAGACGUCUCUUAUUGAGGGUGAAUUUCUGUGAUUGUGUGGGGAAAACUGUCAUCGGUCAGUUAGUUCUGGACCAUCAGCACUGGAAGUAAAAACGACAACAACAACACGUCUCUUCGUUCUUUGUUUUUUUUAAUAGAUUUGACAAAAAUCCAGAUUAUUCUUACAUGAAAGUGACGCAUCAGACAUACAGGGUACCGAUAACACAGUAUGGUCCAAGUGUGUGUGUGUGUGUGUGUUUGUGUGUGUGAGAUCUAUUCUCUAGAAAUAAAAGUACGAGUGUGUGUUUGUGUGUGCUGAUGUGUUGUACCAGUAAAAAAAAAAAAAAAUCACUACCGUACAAUUCCAAAUGUAACUGACUGACAAUAAAAUUUCUAAAAUAA